AUGGCUGGCCGAAUGCUUGACCCAAUUGGCCCUCUUUCCCAGCUUUGGCAAACUGCCAUUUUAGCUGAGGAGAAGGCCACAGGCAUAGAUCCUUCUCUCGUAAUCGAAGCUUGUCGCCGGGCAAUGUCCUUGAUUGGCAACGCAUCGCAUUGUGCUCUAGUAGAUCGAAGAAAGGGCCUAUUGGCCAAAGUUUCGCCAGAUUGCUUGGACUUAGUCGAUGAUCCAGAGCUAUUCGGCCCCGGUUCCUCCGAACUGUUCGGGAAAAAGUUUAAAAAAGCCAUUCUUAAGGAUUUAAAACUGUCGAAAGAGAUGGACAGUUUGAUGAGUGGCGGUCACCAUGGCAACGGCAAAAACAACUAUAAACCGUUCAAGCCUUUUCGUCAGCAGCCCGGGAAAGGCCCGGGCUACAAUCCCCGGUCAUGGGACCAAAGCACGGGUUUCAACUCCCGAUCGUGGAAUCAACCGAGCCAGUGCCGCGGGGGAUUUUCUCGCAGAGGGAAAUCCAACUUCCCAAGUCGGGGGAAACAACACUAACAGGUACGGUUCCAAAUCGCAUUUUAAAACGAGUAGUACGAAAACAAUCAGGUCCGAAAUCGGCUCCACCUGUUCAAUCGUUAAUUUCAAGUCGUUUAAAGAUAGAUUUUCAGGCGGUAAUCACGCCAGGGGCUUUGGCGGGACGUCUAAGAUUUUUUCUGCCCAAUUGGCAACAAAUUACACUCGAUCCUGUCCUCUUAGACACGGUUCGGGGUUACAAGCUCGAGUUGUCCUCGCCCCCGAUUCAAAACAGAAUCAGGGCCCCUCCUCGUUUUUCACACACAGAAUCCGAGAAAAUCGACAUCGAAAUUACCGCUCUCCUGGACAAAGGGGCAUUGAACAAGGUCGAGCCGGUUUCCGGCCAGUUUAUAAGCAAUAUUUUCUUGGUUCCCAAGCGGGACGGGAAAUCGCGACCGGUGAUCAACCUAAAAGAUUUGAACGCUCACAUCCAAUACGAUCAUUUCAAAAUGGAAGGCACCCACCUUCUGCGCGAUCUGCUUCAGCCUCAAGACUGGCUGGGGAAGAUCGAUCUAAAGGAUGCUUACUUCGUGAUUCCAAUCUGGAACGAACACAGGAAGUAUCUUCGCUUUGUUUGGAAGAGUACACUCCUAGAGUUUGCAUGCCUUCCCUUUGGGCUGUCGGCUGCCCAACGACUGUUCACAAAG